CUAAGGCCCCCAUGCAGGCCCCGCCCCGGACCGUCUCGCGCAGAAUCUCGCGAGGUUUGAGGGCGCAGGGACAGACCCGGCGGCUGCAAUAUGGCGGAGGCGGAAGGGGAGAGCCUGGAGUCCUGGCUGAAUAAAGCUACCAAUCCUUCCAACCGCCAGGAAGAUUGGGAAUAUAUCAUUGGCUUCUGUGAUCAGAUCAACAAAGAGCUUGAAGGGCCCCAGAUCGCGGUCCGACUCCUGGCCCACAAGAUCCAGUCUCCACAGGAAUGGGAGGCAGUGCAGGCCCUCACGGUACUGGAGGCGUGCAUGAAGAACUGUGGGAGGAGAUUUCAUAAUGAAGUGGGGAAGUUCCGGUUUUUGAAUGAAUUAAUCAAAGUUGUCUCUCCAAAGUACUUGGGAGACAGGGUGUCUGAAAAGGUGAAGACUAAGGUCAUCGAGUUGCUUUUUAGCUGGACGCUGGCCUUGCCGGAAGAAGCAAAGAUCAAAGAUGCCUACCAUAUGCUGAAGAGACAAGGGAUAGUGCAGUCAGACCCCCCUAUUCCCAUGGACAGAACGCUGAUCCCUUCUCCCCCACCUCGUCCCAAAAACCCUGUUUUUGAUGAUGAGGAGAAAUCCAAGCUGUUAGCCAAGCUGCUGAAAAGCAAAAACCCAGAUGACCUGCAGGAAGCCAAUAAGCUCAUCAAGUCCAUGGUGAAGGAAGAUGAGGCGCGCAUCCAGAAGGUGACCAAACGGCUGCACACUCUGGAGGAGGUCAACAACAAUGUCAAGCUGCUCCAUGAGAUGCUGCUUCACUACAGCCAAGAGCACUCGUCGGAGGCCGACAGAGAGCUCAUGAAGGAGCUCUUCGAUCGUUGUGAGAACAAGAGACGGACGUUAUUUAAACUAGCCAGUGAAACAGAAGACAAUGACAACAGUUUGGGGGACAUCCUGCAGGCCAGUGACAACCUCUCCAGGGUCAUCAAUUCAUAUAAAACAAUAAUUGAAGGGCAGAUCACCAAUGGUGAGGUGACCAUCUCAACCAUGCCUGACUCUGAAGGAAACCAUCACUGCAAUAACCAAGGCACCCUCAUCGACCUUGCUGAGUUGGACACCCCAAGCAGCUCAUCCCCUGUAUUGGCUCCAGCACCUGCCCCACCCACCUCAGGCAUUCCUGUCCUCCCUCCACCUCCCCAGGCCUCUGGCCCUCCGCGUAGCCGUUCAUCCAGCCAGGCUGAGGCUCCGCCAGGGCCUGACAGCACGAGCAAUGCCCUCUCCUUGCUUGAUGAGGAGCUGCUCUGCUUAGGCCUAACUGACCCGGCUCCCACUGCUCCCAAAGAGUCAGCUGGAAAUAGUCAGUGGCACCUCUUCCAGAAUGAACCAUCAUCAGAUCUGGACUUCUUCAGCCCCAGGCCAGUGCCUGCGGCCUGCUGCCCCUCAGAUGGAUCCCUGCUCCCUCCCCCAGUUUCUACCUCAAGUAUGUCCCAAGCUCCACUCCCUGCGCCCUUCCCAGCUCCCGUGGUCCCAGCCAGUGCACCAGCUCCCAGCGCGGCUUCCUUCAUGUUCGCUUCUGGACCUGCCCCAGCCUCAGUUCCAAAGGCUGGGCCCGCAGCUCCAGAGUUCCACACCUCAGCACUUGGUGACAGCACCUUGCACCGCAUAGAUGCCCUUGAUGAGCUUCUGGAAGAGGCCAGAGUGACCUCAGGCUUGGUGAAACCUGUUUCUUGCUUCUCCCCUGGGGCCACCGCCUCCCCAUUGCUUCCUACCUCUGCCCCAGCCAGGCCUCUCCUGCCCUUCUCCACUGGGCCUGGAAGCCCUCUCUUCCAGUCACCAGCCUUCCAGUCCCAAGGCAGCCCUCCAAAGGGACCAGAGCUCUCCCUGGCCAGUGUCUAUGUACCCCUGGAAUCAAUCAAGCCUAGCAGUGCCCUUCCUGUGACAGCCUAUGAUAAAAAUGGCUUCCGCAUCCUUUUCCACUUUGCUAAAGAGUGUCCCCCAGGACGGCCUGAUGUGCUUGUGGUGGUGGUGUCCAUGUUGAAUACAGCUCCUUUGCCAGUCAAGAGCAUAGUGCUGCAGGCCGCAGUGCCCAAGUCAAUGAAAGUGAAGUUGCAGCCACCAUCUGGGACAGAACUUUCUCCAUUUAGUCCCAUCCAGCCACCUGCAGCCAUCACUCAGGUCAUGCUGCUGGCCAAUCCAAUGAAGGAGAAGGUGCGGCUUCGGUAUAAGCUGACCUUUGCUCUGGGGGAACAGCUAAGCACAGAGCUGGGUGAAGUGGACCAGUUUCCUCCCGUGGAGCAGUGGGGGAACCUAUGACCCCAGCAAAUGCUUUCAUCUCUACUUGGAAGGCAGGCAGCCCUGAAACUGGCUCUGGCUGGUCCGGCUACUGUACGCCCUGGACAGUGUUUAUAGCUUGGUAUGGAUCAGGGCCCUGGACAUUUCUGUCGAGAGCCAAGCUGCUGCUUUGAUCAUCUCUCCCUGGGCCCCUAAAAGGACCUGUUUUAUCUACCUGUGUGACUUGAAGUGGCUGUACUGUGUGGGUGGGGAGUCCCCUGUGCCUCACUGGCUGCCUUGGGAUGGUGGACUCUGGACCUGGAGUAGGUUUUUUUUUUUUUUUUUU